CAGCUCAUUGUACAACACUCUUGAGGUGUUUCCCGGCACAGACUUCAACGAUGGCCCGAACAUCCUCAGCGCCAACGGGCAGCGGGAGGGGGCCAUCGUGUGCCUGCUCGAGGUCCGGGAUAAAAUUUGGGAGCCCCUGACCUGCCCUCGGACAAACUUCACCAAAGAAAAAAGAAAACCCGCCCCCGUUGGCGGAUUAUCGUGCCCUUUUCGACCAGCGCGAGACGAAAAGACCUAUACCGAACUCGGAAUUAGAGAAUUCGAAAACAUUGCCCGAGCUUACCGAUAUCAUAGCCAUCGAAACCAACACCACAAGUUCUCCACCAACUGGUAGCGAACUUCAUGCCCCCAUUCGCUUCGGCUCUCGGGAACAUUGCCCACUCACCUACAUAUGCGUCACCCCCAAGCAGAUGAUCCCUCGUGACGACGAAAGACCUGAGCCCCUUCAAAACGGUAAACAGCCACUCUCCCCUUCUCAUCUGCCCCUGAGCCCCUUAUCCAUCGUAACUCAAUCCUCCCAUCAAACGAUUCUCUUGAACCCUGUCCACAGCAACAGCCGCGAGCAAUCAGACCAUGUGCUCCAUCGUAAGCACAGCCUAAGGAAUAGCCUCAUGGACGGCCCAUCUGUUUCCGUGACCGACAGCGAAAUACCGAGUCACAUGUGCCCCGCCCACCGGACCCGAGGCCCCUUUUCAGGGCGACCCAUAGGCGUCAACGGCCCUGUCGCUAGAGUUCCGCAAAACAAGACAGUAUAAUGGUAUUGAAAAGAUCAUGCAAAGUACCGCUCAAGAGAGGGAUGAGCCCCCCACGCCCCUCACCCGGGAGAUGAAAGCCCAUCAUUUUUCUAUUCUCGUCCUGUCGAGCCCAUCAAAAAAGUGUGAGCCUCCCGUGGUCCUGGUAGAUUACGCGCUCUCUGUGCUAAACGAAGUCACCCAUCUCCGAAUAGACCCCACUCCCGAAACCCGGUAGUUCUGGCGGGGACCAGGCCCCGUGAGAGUAACAUCGAAACCCCAAAUAUUGGUAUACAGUCUUCGCAACUUGGGCAUAGACGUGCCAACUCGGCAAGGCUCGGACAUCACAGCCCCCUUGCUCGUGGUUUCGUGAAGGCUGCCAUGGCCGAGAUCGAGAAAGGGGGCAAAACAACCGCAUCAACCUCCGCCCCAGCUCAUCAGCCUGGAGCUUCGUCAUUUCGCUGGAAACCUGAAUACCGAGUCUCCUAGAUCAGAAGCCCGGUCUGCGUCCCCGUUCCAGCCUCCGAAGUCCCGGAUCCGUGACACCGGUAGUGGUGUGCCUACCCUUGUCGUUGCCCAUCUCGCUCGUGGCCUAUCUACCGAAGUGACUAUAUGCUUCUAUUCCCAAACGACUUUCUCAACAUGGGAGAGCAACCUCCACCGGAGUGGGCUUAGCAAGUGAUCCAUCCCACAAGGUGGAUAGGAAUACUUAUAACCAUCCACCUUUUCUGCCGUAGCGUCACCGGCUGGACGGUAACACUAAGCAAUUUUGACAACCUGGGUCCAGGAGGAAGUCGAAACCCGGGAGAUACAUCCAUACCUAACUAAAUAUUCAUGAUAUCAACCCGUAAUCUAAAGCUGUGAAUAUGUCGGAUAAAGACCCUCAACCCCAGGGUCCCAGGUUGGCUGUAUUCUGAGCAGACCCUCAAGGUAACGCGUU